AUGAUGAUUAUGAUGAUUCGACAAACGUUACGUGACAAGUACAAACAUUCGCAUCUCGAGCAUAUAUGUACACACGUGUUACUGCAAUUUAUUAGGCGGCGUGCGUCGAAUUUCAUCAAGAAAGAGUGGAAAAUUGAUAUUUAAAGGUGACAACUGAUUUUCGAGAACCUUCAUUUAGGUACAGUCACAGAUUGCAGACGGUAACGAUCGGUCGGACUUAUAGACGACAUUACGAUGCGACUCGCGACGUAUUUCCUAUUCUUCGGUUUGGCCCUAGCUGACGAGACCAAGUUGACUUACACAUCUUGCGAUUCGUGCACUGAUCGGGCGAAUACCAGCAUGCUGAGAAAUAUAACGCUUCGUUUAUAUACGGGCAAUACUACUGAUGACUAUACGAGCAUUCUGAUUGGCGAGGCGACGGAUCUGUUGGACUCGAUAGAUUCCAGCAAGCCAACUGUCCUCUAUAUCCAUGCAUGGACCGAAAAUCCUGACAACACAUCGUCGGUGGCGGUGAUAGGUGCAUACGCGGAAAGGGGCGACCACAAUGUGCUGGCAGUGGAUUACGGAGACAUUGCCGCAAUGUCUUGGGCUUUUGCUUUCCGAAGCUUCGAAGGCAUCCUCUACCAGCUAAUCAGGACCCUGAACCAACUGGUGGACGGCGGACUGAACCCGACGACUCUGCACAUCGUCGGUCACUCUUACGGAGCUCAGAUAGCUGGAAACAUCGGAAGGAACGUGAAUUUCGUAGUGCCGAAAAUUGUAGCUCUGGACGCUGCCUAUCCCAGGUUUCCGGAGACCGAAGUUCACAGUCUUCGAAAGACCGACGCCGAGUUCGUCCUUGUGAUUCACACCGAGGCUGGUAUAUUUGGUAUUACCUACACCGCUGGACACGUUGACUUCUUUCCAAAUCGCGGAGAGAGUCCUCAGCCAGGAUGCGAACUUACCGAAGGUGGAGCCACGGCACGAAUCACCGAAAUAGUCUGCAGCCACCAAAGAUCCUGUUUUUUCUACGGCGAGUCGUUGCGCAACACGGAUGCGUUUUACGGACGGGCUUGCGAUUCGUACGAAGAAUUUGAGGCAGGUUUAUGCGGCUCUAACGCGACAGUGGUGAUGGGGUACGAGACACCAACCACGGCGCGUGGAACAUUCGCUCUUCGAACCAACAGUGCAUCGCCGUACGGUCGUGGAAUCAGCGGUGCCACUUAUGAGGCGUAAGAUUAUUUGAUAAGACCGGGGAUCACGAUUGGAGACGACACCUUCCCACCGGUCUAAAAUAGUCGCAGAGUUACCUCGAAAUCCUGGUUUAUCGGUAUCGCAAUAGAGCAGUUUGAUUUUAAGAAAUGAACCCACCACACCUGCAAUCUUGAUUUAAGGAUCCCUUUGACCAGCACUGAUUCGUUACUGACUCGAUUGAGAAGAAUGGCUCGAAUGAUGAAGUGGGAUGCCUAAAUAUGUUCAUACUUUUCAACUUUUAUUGACUGCUGUCGGAAGGUUUUAAUUGAUAUUUGAAGCGCCUUGAUAA